AUGGAACCAACCGAGGUUGAUCUUAUUUUGCAGGAGUUCAUUACUCCAUACAACGCUGUGGUAACGGACUGUCAGACAGUUGUUCCACCAAAACGCAAAAGAAUGAAGCUGCACCAUGAGCAACAACAACAAUCACAACAACCACAGCAACAACCACAACAGCAACAACAACACCAACAAUCACAAUCGGAACUAUUGUUUAUUAACGCGUUUAAUGAACAGCAAAAUUUUUUUUCAAAAAAAUAUAUAACUGUUUCCGAAAUGGAAACAGAUAAAAUCUACGCCUUAAAUGGCAAUAAAUUCGAAGAAUGUAAAUCAAAAUCACCUGCACCUCCACCAUUUAUGCAUCAAGCAGCUGGAGCAGACUUUCAACCAUUGGAUCAAAGUUCGGUUAUUGUUGAUUGUAAUGAUUGCGGCUCAAAAAUGCCUUCAAGAGUAUUUUAUGAAGACGGAUUUAAAACUCACAUAUCUGCUUUAGUGAUGUGUUUUUUAGGGCUAUGGUGUUGUGCUCCGUUACCAUAUUAUCUAAAAGGCUGUAGAACAGCAAACCAUUAUUGUGGAAAUUGUGACAAUUAUCUAGGAAAUUAUCCAAUUAAAUAUAUGAUGACUGGAUAA